ACGACGACCAGUGACACCAAAUACCGAUAACAAUUCGCUGCUGUUUCUUUUAGUGUGACGACCUGGAGAAAGCAGCAGUACGCUUCGAAAGAUUUUUCGUAUUCCAGCAUCCAUGGACAUGAACGUUGGGAGAGUACAGAACUUCAUUUCAUACAUAUUCGAAUGGGGAUCUUGCUGGAUGGUGUUUACUACUUGGCUUACUAUCAUCAUCGCUGCUAUGCUGGCGAUUAACAGCUUUCGUGAGAAAAACGUAGGACAGAAGAAUAAGCUUACGGCGCCUGGCCCUGGGGGAGUGCCUAUUCUAGGCUAUCUUCCAUUCCUACGAAAGCCCUACCACACAGCCUUCAAGGAACUAAGCAAACAGUACGGACCCAUAAUAAAGAUUCGGCUUGGCUGCAAGGAUGUGCUGAUACUGAACGAUUUCGCAUCCAUCAAGGAGGGACUGUCAAAUCCAGAUGUGCUAUAUCGGCCCAAUGAUUUUAUAUUUCGUCACCUUGGAAUAGAAGGCAUCGCAUCUAUCAACGGAGAAUCAUGGCAAGUGAACAGGAGGUACUGCUUUCACGUGUUGAGAAACCUUGGCUUUGCAAGGAAGUCUAUGGAGAAGCAUAUCCAAGAAGAGGCGCAGUGCUUUAUAGCUGUGCUUGCAUCAGGCAAGCAGCAGCCCAUGUUGGUGGCCCAUGCGCUCGCUUCCAGCGUGGCUAACAACAUCUCAGCUCUGGUUUUCGGUGAACGCUACGAGCUGGGUGAUCCAAAAGGUCGCUACGUCGAGGGCAUGCUGAGCAAGUUGCUGCGCGAAGCACACUUCUUUUCCACCACAGAUUUUCUACCUGCACUUCGCUUUGUGGCUGCGCGGCUGCCAGGCACGCAGUUGUAUGCCAUGAAAUAUGUCCUGCAAGAGCUCGCGCAAUUUAUCAGAAAAGAAGUGCAGGAACGUGGAGCCACUAUGGAGGAACAUGCGGACAAGGAUUUCAUAGACGGAUACUUGAGGAAGAUUGAAGAAUACAAAGGGAAAGAUUCUCACUUUACUCUGUCAGCGCUCGUGGGCAGCACAGUCAACUUCUACAGCGCAGCUACGAACACUGUGCGAAGUGCUGUCCUGUGGAACCUCUACAUAGCGGCCAGUGACCCCGACGGCCAGCAAGCACGCGUGCAGCGCGAAAUCGACGCCGCGAUUGGACGCGAGGCGGCGCCCGCCUGGGAGGACAGGCGUCGCACGCCGUUCACUAUGGCGUGCAUUCUGGAGGCGCUCCGCUGGAGGACCACGGCGCCUCUCGGCGUGCAGAGGGCCGCAGGCCGCGACACGGAAAUCUGCGGGUACUACAUUACUGCUGGUACAAUGGUUGUUGCAAAUCUGUGGAGCCUUCAUAACGACCCCGUCCACUGGAGCGAGCCGCUCAAGUAUGACCCGACGCGAUUCCUCAACGCUGACGGCACCGAGGUGGAAGAAAAGCCAGCGGCGUUUCUUCCUUUUGGAGCGGGAAGGCGACAGUGUCCGGGGGAAACAUUGGCCCUGAUGGAGGUGUUCCUGUACGUGGCUACAACGCUUCAGAGGUUCAGGGUUCUUCCCGAAGAAGGCAAAACCAUCUCCCUCGCCACUGCGCCCGCGGUGAUCUCUGUCGUGAAUGAUAUGCAAGGACUGCGUUUUAUACCGCGAUGGAGGAACUAUAAUGUUUCAUGGACCUUCUUGUAUAUCGAGGAAGAGGCAGCCCAUUCUGAUAGCCAACCCACUCGCGGCCAGCGUGGCCAACAAAAUGUCAGCGCUGGUGCUUGGGUGCGGCAUGAACUGGACGAUGCCAAAAGCCCCUUCUUCGUAGGGCUGCUCAGCACGUUACUUCGCUGUGCAAACAUUUUCUGCGUCAUGGAUUUCCUGCCGAUGCUUCGCGCGCUAGCCUCUUACAUCCCAUACACGAGGGCGUGCAUCAUGAAUUAUGUCAUGGCGGAGCUCGUGAGGUGGACGUAGUGUUCUCAGACAGUUGUGCGAUAGACGCGUUUCGUGGCUAGAAAUAAACCUGUAGCUCGUGUGGCGAAAAGCGGUGACUUUAUUCUUUUAACGCGCAACACAGAAGUUGUUUGCUUGCUAGUUAUAAUAGAGUGAAAGCUGUCUAGACAUUUGUGCAAGUUUUCCGCAGCAGAUCGAUACCUACAAAGGUAUGGGCCCCUCCAUAUGGCCCGUCUGUAUUCAUGCGUACUUCUACUCAUUUGAGUAUUCAGUUUGGUUUCGUAUUUCAGCGUAGUUUUGGACUACGAAAAUGCAGCACGGUGGGUCUUGCUAGUCUGUGAAAAAAUAUUUGCUUUGGUCAGGGUUAUUGACUCUUUUCGGUUACCUAAGGAGACAUAUUUCUUCCCUUGCAUAUCAAUGGAAGCAUCUUAAGAGUCAAUUAGUGAAGUCGUCUAAACGCAAGUCUGAUUAAAUGGUAAAUGCUAACUAAUAAUUAUCAUAUGUGUUUCCAGUGGAAGGAACUGUUGGCAGAAUGCCCCGAAAAAUUAUAGCGAUUCAUGAAAAGCCACUGCUGCUACGAUUUUCAAGGAAUGUUACCAUACGUCCCGUGACGCCACUCGAUCGUGGCAGCAUAAGCACAUUUGUUGAGUUGGGAGAAAUAACGAGACUUACUAAUGCGUGAAUUACUACUUUGCUAAAAGGGAUGUUUUUUUUUAUUUCAGGGAUGCAAGUAAUGAACGAGAUGGAAUCAAUGAGAAUUACGCAGAAAAAGAUUUCAUUGACGGGUACUUGAGGAAGAUUUAGGAAAACAAGGGAACGAAUUCUCAUUACAUAGGUAAUUAAAAGCAAUGGACAGUUA